AUGGCUAUGAAAGAUGCUGUUUGGCUUGGGAAGCCAGUAGAUGUUGCUGGCGAAGAUCUAUGUUCUGUUUAUACCUCAAGAAUUGGUGGAACAGCUACCUUGUUUCGAGAGACGGCAGAUUAUAGUGUGUUUCGUUGCCCCAAGUGUAAUAGCAUGAACGCAGUGUCGUUAUUGGCUCAGAUUUACGCUCCUCUGGACGUUUACGACCGUUUGCUGUACGUACUCACUUGCUCCACGUGCAGUACUGAGCAGAGCACUUUUUGUUUUGCUCUUCGAUCUCAGAACUUUAAUCCUUCUUACAAAAAUGCAUCGCAGAGAAACGACAAGGGAGGCUGCGAGGACAAACGACUUCUUUUCGAAGAAAGCGCGGACUGGGGAGAUGGGAUGGAUAAGGGAUGGGAUUAUGAUGAUAAGAGCAUUAAAUCAAACAUGGCUACGGAACAACGUGGGAACAGAAGCAUUGUAAAUGAAGCGAUUGCUGAUGACAUUUGCAGUACCGAAGUGCCUUCCCCACUCGCCCCUCCCGGAUCAAAGCCACCUAUCAGGGGUAUGCGUUUUCCAUGCUUUACGCUUGAAGUGUUUGAGGAGCCUCCCAAAGUGAAACCAAAGUCUGCCCCCUUCAAUAUCCAGUUGCAUGAGGCACAGGGAAAAUACGGCGAAGAUGUCGUUGAGACGACAGUUUUGGAUGAGGCUGAUGAGCCGUUGCAUGAAAAACUUUUGCGAAAAUACGUGGAAAGAAUCGGCAGGGUUCCUUCACAGUGUGUGCGAUGGGGCCCUAGCCGGGAGCCAUUGCAAUUAUCCGUAAUUUCAAUUGUUGCGCCACGAUGCCCUUAUUGCGGGAAAAAACGCCGGUACGAGCUCCAGCUUACGUCGCCCAUUAUUUAUUUUUUGACGAGGUUAAACGAGGAGAAGAAACACUCCCUACACUUUGGGAAUGUUCUUGUAUUUACCUGCAGCGGAAAUUGUAAUACGGAGGCAUAUGCAUUGGAAUACUGCUUUGUGGAAGGAGAAAUUUGA